UUUCCCUCCAAAAAUUACAGUAGCGCGGGAGAACAAUAUAUACACUACAAAGCAUCUUCCAAAUUUGAUAUUAGAAACAAUCAUGAAUGAUAUUAGAAAGUUUCAAAGAGGUGACAUUGUUUGGGCAAUCAUUCACAACAACAAAUGCUUUCCAGCACUCGUUCUCACUUCCAACGACCUCGGCAUAUCUCUCUCCUUCUUCAACAACAACAACCACACUCCUUCUCGAACCUUCUUCGUUGAUUCCGAGCUUCUCCCUUUCGAACAACCCUUCCCUUUUAAACCCUCUCUUUCUCCCCAAAACGACGCCUUUCGCUCUGCGCUUCGGUUAUUCGGUUUAAAUGUCGUUUCGAGUUUGCGGUGUCGUUGUUUAGCGGGUUAUGAUGAGAAGAGGGUUUUAAAUGGGUCGGGUUGUCGGUUUGACCCGACUGGGGUUUUGGGUUUUGUUUUGGAUGCUGCUGUUUUCAAUUGGGUUGACGAUUCGUGUGUUGUUGGUGCUGUUAAAGUUGUUGCUCAGCUUCAUGCUUUUCGUCGUUAUUCUUCCAUUCACCAGAAGAAAGUGUAUAGAGAAACUCGAAAAUUAGGUGAUAAUGUGAAGCAGCAUUCCUCUUUGAGUCAGAAGGUACACUCAGUUACUCUGGAAUCUACAGCUUUGGAAUCCAAGGAAAAACAUCAGGUCAUAUCCAAGCAAGUGGAGGAAAACAUGGCCAUUAGUGCUAUAAGAAGAUUACAGUCAACAUUUCCUGUUUCGUUAGGAAAUUCUGAACACUCAUUUCAGAAUAAAUUUUUUAUUAUUCCAGAGGCUCCAACUAACAGUAGAAAGACUGAACUCUUUAUGCAUUCUCCUGCCUUAAGUCCAUUCCACAUUUGGGGAAAUAUUGUAAACUUGGAUAAGCAGAGCCUUCUGAGAUUUAAAAAUAUAUUAAACCAUGGCAUAGUUGAAAUUUGCUUUGGAAACUGUUCUAGAAUGAGUGAAGCUCACUUUUCUAUUUCUUCCAGUUUUAAGACUCAUUUGAUCAAUGCACUUGAAAUAGAAACAGCUAUAUGCCUCAACAGGAAAAGAAAGCGGCUAGAUAAACACGGUUUAUGUAAUUGUUUACCUUACACUAGCAGAGUUCAAGGAAGUGAAGGGAAUGCAUACAUCUCAAAAAAUACCAGACCUAGGAUCUCACACAUCAAGAUGCUUGAACCAGAAGAAAGUAUCCAAAGAGACAAUCAGGCCUGCAUACAAACUAACAUAAACUUCUCUGAUGAGGUUCAGGAAGUGGAUUUGAAAAUAAGUCCGAAUUUGUUUUCGCAGCAGUCUUUUCCCUGUGAAUUAUCACCAAAUUUGGCAUUUAGCUUCAAUUCUGAUAAUUAUGAGGCUAAUGCCAGUGCAACAAAAGUUAAAUUUACAUUAGAAUCUAACUCUUUUGUUUACCAGGAGACUCUACAAAGAAAUUGUGAUGCUGAUGUAACACAUCUUAAGUCAAAAGAGACAGCAAGAAUAGAAUCAUCUUCUGGGGACUGUUUGGUCGUGGCGGGUAAAGUUGCUUCUUGUUCAAUAUUCAAUUCAAAAGUCGGACAGCAACCAAAAACACAUGUUCCCUUUUGUUCUAAAUCUCUACACAUGAAGUUCCCAAAGAAUUUCAACCUACCAUCAAAGGAAAAACUAAUAAAGAAGUUUACUGUAUUUGGCUCAGUAGAUUCUUCAAGAACAAGAAUCUUUUGGUACACUGGCUCUGCUCAAGUGGCUUUUUACGAAGUAAGUGAUGCAGUUGCUGCAUAUCAAUAUGCCAAAAGGAAGGCUAUGUUUGGUGAGGCUAAUAUAAGGUUUUGGUUGGAUCCUUUUGAACACAAAAGAAGAGAACUCAAGUGUUUAUAUCCCAUGCAUCCAUCAGCCUACAAACUAAUAGGACCGCCACUGAAAUCAUGUCUGAAAAAAUUCAAUAACUUGAAACAGGAAAACAGAAAGAAACAAUAUAGGGUAAGAUUUACAAAAGAAACAUUAUAGGGUCAGAUUUACAAUAGAAACUUAGUUUGUACAAAUUUAUUGUAUUAUGCAUGUCCUACCCUUUUUAAUGAAGUGUUUAUGCUCAUCUUUGUUCCUUUUUUACUAUGGA